UUCACUUUGAUCCAUUUCAGAUUAACUUACUAAAUUUUUUAAUUUGUCAUGCAUUUAUCGUUAAAUAAUAAAACAAAUGAAUGCAGAUAUUCCUGAAAAACUUGUUAGUACUAUUGACUGCAAGCAAGGUGCUGUUCGAGCUGUCCGGUUUAAUGCUGAUGGGACUUAUUGCUUGACCUGUGGGAGUAACAAGACUGUCAAACUGUGGAAUCCCCACCGGGAUCUGCUACUUAAGACCUACACCGGACAUGGCUAUGAGGUGCUGGACGCUCAGAGCUCAUCGGACAACAGUCAGAUUUGUUCUGGGAGUAUGGACAAAACGGUCGUGCUCUUUGAUGUCUCCACUGGGAAGUCUCUGAGAAAAUACCGUGGCCACGCAGGAACUGUAAAUUGUGUCAAGUUCAAUGAAGAAUCAACUCUGAUACUGUCAGGUUCAUUGGACAGCAGUGUUCGUGUAUGGGAUUGUCGCUCUAGGAAAAUGGAACCAGUACAGGUAAUGGACGAAGCCAAAGACAGUGUGACCUCACUACAGGUGUCAGACCAUGAAAUACUUACUGGUUCUGCCGACUGUAGCAUCAGGAGAUACGAUCUUAGAAUCGGCAGAAUGUUUACAGACUUCAUAGGAAGCUCAGUGACGAGUGUGACGUUUACCCGUGAUGGCCAGUGUACACUGAUCAGUACCCUUGACAACACACUGCGUCUGAUGGACAAAGAUACUGGAGAAUUACUCAACGAAUACAAAGGACAUAAAAACAAAGAGUACAAAAUAGACAGCUGUCUUAACAGUAAAGAUACACACAUUGUGAGCGGUUCCGAAGAUGGCUUUGUUUAUAUAUGGGAUUUGGUGGAGGGCAAGCUAGCAACAAAACUUGACCACAAGACAACCAGAGCCACACAUACCCUGUCGUUUCAUUCGUCAGAAACCUGCUUGCUGACGGCAUCUGCUGACAAGAUGUUUGUCUGGAAAUCUAAACAUUCAGAAUCAAAGGACUAAUCCAUUAGAAACUGGACCUCAUAAUUCCAUUCCAUUCACUUACCACAUAGACGAGAUUUGCUGGGUACAUAAAAUCAUGAUGCCUAACGUGGGAUAUAGCUAAUUGGUCAAGUGCUCACGUGAGAUGUGAUGGUUUGUAAGAUUGAUCCAGCUCGGCAGACCUAUUGAGUUAUUCUUCCAGGGACAGCCUGUGCUCCACAAGUGGUAUUUCAAAGUCUCUGGUAUGUGCUGUCCAUUCAGUGGAAUUGUGCAUAUGGAAGGGCCCUUGCUGCUGAUAAGAACAAGUAGCCCUUUUUGCAUAAAUGAGUCCUUUCUAUAAAUCACAGAACUAAGUGUUAUCAUUGUGGGGCACCUGAUAGCUGCUGAUUACAAUGUGCUGAGUAUUAAACAAACAUUCCUUUCCAUAAUACUGAUUAAAUAAUAAUAAUAAUUAAAAAAAUAUAAAUAUAAAUUUUUAAAAAAACAUAUUAAAAAAACACCCAAAUACACUUUUGUAAAAUCUAACUGACUGUUGUUUGCAUUUAUUAGCAUAUUAUCAAUUUCAAUCAAAUUAGCCAGUUUACUUUUACAUACAGCCACUAAAAGUUUAAUUAUGUUUGUCAUGGUCAGACACUGUUGUGUUAACCAUACCCUCAAAACAUGUUAAGACCAUAGAGAAUAAUACAUGGCCGUUAGAUACCAUUUAUCUCACAACACUUGUUUUGAAAUGUAUCUUAACGAGCGAAAGCAAGUUUGAUACGUUUUUAAACGAGUUGUGAGAUAAAUGGUAUCUAAUGGACACAAAUGUAUUAUUCUAUUUCUUACAUAUCCUCAAAAACUAGGUUUUAAGCAAAUUUUAACAUCUUUUUCGACUAAAAGUUAUUUACAGUUGUUGCACUUGUACAAGUUGGCUUACGCGUCAGACACAUGAAUGUCAGGUUAACUAUACGUCACAGUCUAAUCGAUUUCCAUUGUGUAGUUUUUGAUUGGAUGUAUGGCAUUGGUGACCUUGUCAUUACCUAGGAGCAGCCAGUCGUAUGUCUUGAAAUUAACACACGUACGUGUGUAAACGACCAUGUGUAACCAAAUAUAACGCAUGGUGUUCUCACCAAAGGGUGUGUAACAAAAAAUAGUUAUUGUGGACAGUUGAUAAAUUAAACUGUACAGUUUCUCCGUGGUGAGUACCUCUUGAUGUAUUGCUGCUGGCUGGCUGUCAAAAAAUACCCAGUAAGACACCAAGAUACAGAAUUCUGUACAAAUGUCAAAGCAUGAAAUCACUGACUGAUUUUUAGGUUACAAAAAAAUAAAUUCUGGUAUGUUGUUGAUUCAAGUAGUAAUCUGAGCAGUGCUGUCGGCUAUUAAUGUUUUACACAUUUUUAGCAUCAUCUUGUCAGUUAUUUUACAAGGAAGAUGUCGGUAAAUAACAUACAACAUGAAAUUUAAGAAUGGGCAGACGUCACUUAAAUAUGGAAGAUAAAGACAUAGUCAACUCCUGUAAUGUAUAUUUUAUGUAAUUAUCAUUUUCUAGACAUGAGAAGACAAUAAAAGAUCUGUGUUA